CGUUGCUUAAUCGUACCUUUACUUUUCACUUUUUGACAAAUUUAAAUUUGAAAAACCAUGAAAAUAACGACAUUUGCAGUAAUAUGGUGUUUUUUUGCAACAACACUUGUUACUCUCAGCAAACUUGGCAUCAUCCAAUUAUCUGAACAUCAAGAAUUAGAGAAGAUGCCAUACGAAGAGUUUAAUGAGCUUAUAAAGAAAGCGUGUAGGAUAAACGAUCGCAGUAACAUGAAGAGACAUACAUGUUUGCUAGAAUUAUUUAUCAAACACAGAGACGAGGGAUUGACUGUUGAACUAUAUGAUGCUUUCGCCAAAUGGGACAGAGAGAUGUCAGAAAAAUACGAAGUACUGAAUCAUGAUGACUCAUACACCAUGAGUCACGAGAUGAUGAACUUCCGGAUGCAAUAUUCUUAUAGACACUACGUGAAGCCGAUAAUUAUCAAAGCAAAUAACAUGGCAGUAAGGAAUGCAGCCCAUUCCUUAAUUCUUGCUAUUGUCAUAUGUGUUUUGGCUGUGGUCAUAUGGAGGUUAACCGAGCCAGAUGAUUACACCAUGCCCCUGCCAAACUUCUUCGAAACAUCUACAACCCAAAGAAGAUCCUAUCUGUUCGUCAGACUCCAACAAUAUUUCCACGGACCUAAUGCUCUGACUCUGCCUGCACAUGGAGCUGAGAGAAUGAAAAUCCACUAAAAUACACUGUGGGUAGACCUAGAUUACUGGCUGAUACCGGCUGUUAUAAUACUGGCUGUUAUAAUACUGGCUGUUAUAACACUGGCUGUUAUAACACUGGCUGAUAUAAUACUGGCUUUUAUAAUACUGGCUAUUAUUCGAUCAGACCGACAACAAAUUAUAUGACUUUUUAUAUUUUGUUUUUGUGAGUGAUAUUAA